UCAAGUGUCAUGUGUGUUUGAAAAUAUACUGUACUUGUUUGUUUUUAUCUGUUUGUGCAUUAUAUGUAUUAAUAUAUAAAUAUAUAGACAUAUAUUAAUAUAUAAGUGUACACGAUGAUCUUCUGUAUUGUGCAGUCAGUGCAAAAUUUAUAUCAAAAAAACGUUAAAUAAUUCACGUCUACUACCCGCACCGGAGAAGUACCUAAUACCGGACAAAUUGUUAUAGUUUUCUUAUUAUGUGAUAUAAAAGGUAAAAACUAACACAAAAGGAAAAACGAGAAUUAAUAACAAGUAAAUAAACUAAAUAAAAAAAUGCACUGGAAAGAGUGAGAAAUCGAAGAAAUCUGAUAUUAUUACAUAUACUAAUACACGGUUUCAAAUUUCAGCAAAGGAAAUAACUUUAAACAGAAAGUUAAAAUUAAAAUAGUUAUUAUGACUUCAACAAAACUUAAUAAACUUCAAUUACUCUGUGGUCAUUUUAUCAAUGCUCAGUCUCAAAGUUCUAAGAAAUCCCUUUGGCUGGAUUUAUUUCUUUCUGAAUUUCUCAGUCAAAUUCAUAAUGGAGUAAAUACUCAUGAUAUUCAGAAUUUUUGUUCAAUGAAUGGCAGCUCUGAAGGAAGCAUAGCAUCAUUAUUAGCUUGUGAGUUAUCAUCAGAUAUCAAUGACUUGUGCGCAACAAAAAAUGAAGCUGAUCAACCCAUUGAGCUCUACAAGUAUCUUAUGGAAGGACGUGGAUGGCGAUUAUUGGCAGUACUUAAUUUACUUGGUGUUCAAGGUCUUUCUUGUGGUCAUAAACUGAUCGCACUUCUCAUGGCUCUUUACCCGGUUCCAUAUCAUAAAUCACUGGAGAAAUACAAUUCAUCAGAUAAUCAGAAUACUGCGAACGAAUUGACGAAUUCAACUACACCAUUUCAAAAUCCAUACUUGAAAUUGAAUUUAAAUAAUAACAUUCUCGAUACAGUGAAUCUCGUUCACCAAAUAAAAAAGAAGCACAAUCACAAGAAAUUGAAAGAUACUUACAGCGUAGUGAAUAAAAUUAAUAAUCAGUGUUCAAGAAAAAAAUCUAAGAAAUAUUAUACAAAUGGUUUUAAUAACAGAGUUGCACGUGUAAUGAAGCAUAGUCGAUCAAGUAAAGAUAAAUUAGAAUCUGAUGCAGAAUUAAGUACUGAAUCUGAUAUAAUAACUGAUGAUACUAAUCAGACAUGUUCUUCAAUUUUAAAAAUCCAUCAUAAUCCAAUGGAUUUUGAUUAUUUUACAUCAAUAGUUCGCACUGAUAAAGAUUCUAAUGAACACAAUUCAUGCCACUACCGAAAUCCGUGUUCGUUAGACCAUGAAAAUCUAGAGAGUUUUAUAGAUGAUCACAUGAAAAAAGUUUUAAAUUCUAGAGUUAAUCAUUUUGAAAUAAGCUUGAUGAUUUUAAAUUUGAUACAGAAUAUGAAAAAUCAUGAUUCUCUAGCCGAACAAGCAUUAGCUGUUAAAGUACUGAAAUUUUCGUUGGAUACUUUGUGGUCAUUGCAAUUCAAUGCUGAAACUAUGCAUUUAUCAACCAAUCAAUGUAUUACAUUGAAAACAACGACAGGACGAUUAAUGUUGAUUUCACUGGAGCAAGUUUUAAAAGCAGAUGAGACAAUAACAGCUGUAAUACAUAAUGGAUUGAUUCCAAUGACAUUAAAAUUAUUAGAAGAUAUUUGUAGUAAACCAUUGACUCGAUGUAGUUUAGAAGAAGGCUCUUUACUUCAAGAAUAUGUUUUUGCUAUGAUUUACAGUAUAAUAGUAUUUCUUAAUUAUCUUCUUCAUCAAAGAAAAACAUCUGAUAAAAUACGAGAAUUUUUGCAAAUUUUUCAACUUGUUAUUGAAAGCCAAGAUGGAAAAUUAAUUCAGAAAGCAAUCGGAAUCAUUGUGGAUUCACCCAAUAAUGAUUUAGCGCGGUCAAUGACUUGGAUAAAAAAAAUUAUUCAUGUAGUCGGAGUACUGAUAAACGGUUUUAAAUGUAUGAGACUUGAAGAUAUAAACAAAAUUAAGAUGAAUCGAUUGCAACGAAUUUAUCAUCAUAAUAGUUUAUUUGGAUGUACUUAUUCUCAACCACUUGUAAGUGAUGUUUCUCCACAAGUUUGUUAUAUUUCAUCGCUUUUUAAAAUAUUAUUAACAUUAUUGGAACAAUCCACGAAAUUUAAAUGGGAAGUUCAAGUAAGACUUGUUAAAAUAAUGAUACAUGCUGGAACUUGUUGUUGUUUUCCACCACAAAUAUUGCUUACAAGUGUGGUUAAUUUUAUGAAAAACCAUCAAAAUAAUAAGAAAAUAUAUGCUGUAUGUGUAACGUUACUUGAACGUUGUUUAUUUGAAGAAUUUUGUAUUUUUUCAUGUGAUUAUAAAGCUGAAGAUUGCAAUGUUUGCAGUAAAUUAAGCUAUUCAUGGGAGUUUCUGGAAAUUUAUAAAACUCUACUAUCUCCAGAUAAUCUUCAAUUAUGUUAUAUCACCAUGGCACAUUUGUUUAAAGUUAUUCCUAACUCGAACUUGCACGUGAAGAAUGAAAUGUUAUUUCGAGUUUUUUAUCCUACUUUCUUACAAAUGAAAAAUAUAAAUAAACAAGCAAGUAAUUACUCGAAUGUUGAAUUUAUUAUUCAAACGUGUCUUUCAAUGAUAUCUAGUCUGAUUGUUAAUAGUCAUAUGUAUGAAAAGUUCAUAGAAAUUAAUGGCUUGCAAGAAGUCAUACCAUUAUUUUCAACAUCUACAUUUACUAAAUCAAUCUGUAAUUUACUCCAAGUAUCAGUAAUUACAGAGAUUUGGAAAAUUAUUAAAGUUGAUCAAUAUGAUGAUUUUGGAGAGUUCAAUCUACUAGCAGGAUCAACAAUCAAAAUAUUUUUUGAUAUUAUUGAACAAGAAACCAAUAAUCUUUGUUCAAUUAUUGAAAAUAUAAAAAAAUCAGAUAUAAUAACAGCUUUCAAUACAAGCUAUAAGGAUUCUAAUAUUAAUGAAUCAUUAAAAAAUUUUCAAAUUAAGACUGAGUCUAAAGAAUUAGACAUUGCCAUAAACUAUGAUAAACUAUUGUUAAAAAAUUUAUUUCAAGCCAGUUCUAUAUGGAGAGCAGCUGCUGUGGUGUCUUUGUAUUGUCCGAAAUUUCGAACUAAGCUCUUACAUAAUCUAAUAACUGAUAAAGCUUUAAAUCUUAUAAUAACUCUGUCAGUAUUUAUCAUCCAAGAUCGUAUUAUAGAUAAAAAUAAGCAUGCGAAUAAAUUAAUUGAAGCUCUGAUUACUUGUUGUUUAACAUGGCAAAAAAGUGAUUACGAUGUUAUAACGAUGGUUCGUGAUGUGCUAAUAAACACUGGAAUUCAAUUGGGACGAGGAAUUACAGCAUUAGUAGAGGUACUGCUAAGAGUUGCUAUGCUUAAACCGUGUCAAGAACAAACCGCACUGCAGCCAAAUCGUCCAAGAAUACCGAAUAUAAUGUCGGACACUUCAUCACCGGAUUACGGCGAUGACGACAGCAGCACGGGUGAAUAUGUAACCGCUGAUGAUGGAUAUGAAGCUGAUAUUGAAAACCAGAGCAAAAAUGUUGAAGAAAAUUUGUCAAAAAAUAUUAAUAAUGUUACACCAAUGAUUGAAAUUCACAGUAAUGUUACUGCUGAUCCAGCUUUGUGUACAUUAGCUAUUGAUUUAUUAAUCCAUUUCAGUGAACAGAGUUUAAAUGAUGACAGAUGUGGCAUCGUAACCCAAGGACUGAAAAAAAUAGCUACAACAUGUAGAGAAAGUAUAUAUACGUGUGCUAAUCUUGCAGGAUCAGGAGUCAUUUCUAAAUUAUUAAAUGGAUUUGAAACAAUAUUAAUACAUAAAGAUCCUAAAUAUAAAGAUUUACAAUAUGCCAUUCUCGAAGUUUUUACACUACUUGCUAUGCAGUCAAUAUCUUCUGAAGAAUUAUUAUUUUAUUUUUCACUCUUCAAAGCUGACUCGCCACCACUAUUAGCUCUUUUACAGUCACUUUACCGACUCAUUGCCAAUUUAAAACCUCAGCCUAAUUAUAUCCUUUCAUUUCCCGUACCAUCUUCAUUGAAAAUAUAUUCAAAUAUUGAAAAAGGAGGAUAUGAAAUAAUGGAGAAAGCUUCGAGUGUUGUAUAUAACUUCAAAAAAAAGCAUUUAAAUUUAGGAAUAUGUAGUCCAUGGUCUAUCCAUGCUCUCUAUUUACCAAUUGGCUCUGAAUUAUCGUGGUCUGUGUGGCUUCAUGGCUGCUCAAUUUCUAUGUGGAUCCGAGUAGAGAGAGGUAACUUAUUAACGAGCCGAGGAACAUAUUUAAACUCUCCAAUAAAUUUAUUCAACACUGAAAGUGAUAGUUGCUCUGAUUGGGGACUUUUAUCGGAUAAUUGGAGUCGAGAUGUUUGUGCAGGAUCUCUAUCUCCACCAUCACCAGCAACAAUUGUUCAUUUUAUUUCUAUUGGUUUUGAAUCGCUCGUUCUUGAAACUUGGCUUGAUUUACACAGCGAUAAAAUUAUCUUUCGUUUGAGUAGACCGGACGACAAAACAAAUCGUACAAUUUCUGAAGCUUCUAUCAGCGGAAUUUUACCGUCAGGUCAUUGGCACCAUUUAGCUCUAAAUAUUAAAGAUACGAUUCUCAAUAGAAAAAGUGCCGUCGUAGAAGUUAUCAUUUGGAUAGAUGGUUGGCGUCAAGCGAGUGUACAUCUACCAUUUGAUGGGUUAUUGAUGAGAAAACCAGGGAAUACUUGUAUUAUGUUGGGUCAAAUUGGUCCUAGCAGCAAUGGAGCUUGGUAUUUAGGCAAUCUAAUGCUUUUUAGAUGUCCUGUUUUCACCAAAGAAAGAGCUUUAUACAUGACAAGCCUCGGACCAAAUUAUACAAAUCUUGCGGAUUGUAUUUUAAAUCCAAUAAAGUCUGAUUUUGCAUCUUUAAUAGCUUCUGGAGCUUUAAGUGGAGUAAAACAAGUGAAAUUAGAGAAAGGAAAGUUCGAUUUACAUCGAAGAAAAUCUUAUGGUGGAACUUAUCUACGUCAAGUGAUAGAAACAAAGAUCAUCAAUUCCGAUAUUAAUUGGGAAAGUUUGAUGGAUGAUUCAAACUCACAGUUAGGUGAAUUACAAGAUAAUAUUUUAUUAUCAUACGAAGCGAAGUGCCCGGAAAUAGCUAAUUUAUAUCCUCAAGCUAUCACAAGUCCAAAUGCUGUCGUACGAAAUAUAUUACCUGGUCAAUCAGGAUUUCGUGUGAUAUCAAUACCAGAACAUAGAAUAUCUCAACAACCACCUUUAUCAAUUACAAUCAAGACUCCUGAUCAUAUAGAAUGUCAACAAUAUCGUGGUUUUAUUUCUUCAGCAAGCUUAAUUGGUGGUGUACCAAUAUUUCUAUACUUAUUUGCCAGAGUUGUUGAAUUGAAUUCCACCGAAGAAGAACAAGCUCGUGCAUUAUCAAUAGUUAUUAAUUUAAUAAGAAGUGAUUCAGAAUUAAUGACUCAAUAUAAACUAGAGGGUGGACAUGCUUUACUUAUGCGUAUUAUAGAAACACCAAGAUGUCAUGCUGGUAAACAAGUUUUAAAAGCAAUUUUAGAUUGUGCUUGUGAUAAUUCUAUCAUCGUGAAUGACGUAUCUAAUGAUACUUAUACAAUUUUACAAAAUUGUGAGGCAGUUGUGAUAGAUCCUGAACUCAUAAAAGAAGCCCUGAGUGCCUGGAGAACUUGGAUAAAAUUCGAGACAUUUAAUAUUUUCCUCCAGGCAUUGUUUACUCUUCUUCGAGAUCAACAUGAACAAAGAGAAUUUAACGCAACUCAAUUAAAUCGGGUGGGAAUUGUUGAAACAAUUUUACUGAUUUGUAAAGAACAUUUUAUGUAUGAAGAUUCGGGAGUUCCUUGGGAUGGAACUACGGCAAAUAUUAUAAUAGAAUUGAUACGGUCAUUAAUGGGAGCACCACCAGAAUUUUCUCACUUGGUCGCAAUAAUGGAUUAUCUUCUUUUGGUUCAUCAAGCUUCUGAUACUUAUGUUACUCAUUCUCGUCACAAUAUGUAUUUCUUACUUCCCUCAUUGGCUGAAGAGGAUAAAAAUACAGCUGAUAUGAUAAAUAAAACACAAUUUUUAAAUAUUUCUAAUGGGACAAGUUCCUCGGAUGAAUCUAUCGGUGUCUGUGAAAUAAAUAAGUCAAACAAAGCAUUCAUAAAUAAGCAGCAUCAAAAAGAUAGAUCUAAAAAAAAACGUGACAAAUGUUAUAAUAAUAAUCACAGUAAUAAUAGUACUAAUGAAAAUGAUGAUACAUUAGAGAAUAGUGCAGGAGAAGAUUCUGGAAUUGCUGCAAGUGAUGGGUCUAAUUCUAAAAUGAAGAAUGAUAAUUAUUUAUCAUCAUCGGAUGAAAAACGUGUUUGUCAGGGUCUUGUUACUGGAGGAUUGUUCAUUCUUUUGCGAGAUGCCUUGAGAGUUUUACCAGACUGUCAAGUUGAAUCAGUAAUCAAGUAUGUAAUUCGUGCAGAACUUCUUUUGGUAAUGGCUAAUAAUCCAGACACAAGAGUUCGAGCUGCUGUGAUUAAAGUUUUACAAACUUUUAUUCAACGAGCCACUGAUGAAGAAGUUAAUAAAUUUAUAAAACAUAAAUAUUUUUACCAUCUUGCUAAUCAAAUCACUAUUUAUCCUGGAAGUGAAUCUCUUGCAUCUACUUUGGAAGCUUUGGAAGCAUCAAGAAAUUCAACUUUAGCAGCUAUUCCACCACUUCUAGCUAUUUUAACUAAAACUUCAUUAACUGGAACAAAUACUGUGAGACAAAUUGUGGUUUUUCUUACAGAUAUUAUUAAUAAAAAUCCUAAUAAUUUAAAAGUACUUUUUGAGCAAGGAAUAAUAGAGUCUGUAGCACAAGCCCUUGCUUUAGGAGCUCACAAAAAUAACUCCACAUCAUUAUUUAAUGAUAUUUACAUUCUUCUAGUGACAAUAGCAACUAAAUUGUUGGAAAUACCAGGAAAUAACCAAAUCCCAAUGGUUUUAGAUUUACACUCAAUAUUGAGUUAUAUAGAGCUACAUGAGAAAUUCCAGUGUGGAACAAAUGCAAAUUGUACUUCGGCAGUUCGGAUUGCUCAAGUUAUUCUAUUCGAUAGCGAGCUUGAUGUUGUAAUGUCAAAAAUAUCAUCACAGACCGGCUUUAAAUUACGUAGCACUGCUUCUUACUUUGCUUCUACUUCUCACUUGACUAAUGUUCUAAUGACGUCAAGUGAACAAAGUGAUCAUGAAUCACAUUCAUCAAGCUACAGUAAUCUUUAUGGUUUCAAAGAAUACGGCAAAGGAGAAAUAAAUCAACGUUUUCGAAUUAUUUUAUUUAAAGCUAUUGAAUUUAUCACGGCAUUUGAUUAUAUAUCUUCGAAUAAUGAAUUAGAAUUAACUAGAAAAUUAUUUAUUAUUUUGCUGUAUGGCUUAUCAAGUGAAUUUGAUAAGAAGAGUAAUUGGAGUAGCUCCUGGUCAUCUAGACCGACAUUUAGAAAAAAUGCUGCUAAAAUGAUGAUUUGGAUGUUGAGUCCACAUCAAAAUGUUAAUAUAAGAAUUUUUGUAAUUAGAUCAUUGAUGGAAGAGCCAAGAGGUAAAGAAAUAUUAUCAUCACUUUUAGAGACUGAUUGUCAUAUUGAAAAAAAAUUAAGUAUACUCUUAUGGGAUUUGUUGGGAAGAAAAAAUGAUAUGCCAAGUGCAGAUGCAAGAAUUUGUAUGGAGUUUAAAGAAGCUUUAAAUAUCUGGCAGUUAAUAAAAGGUAUUGACAAUGUUAUUCCAGAAAUGUGGAAUCAAGAACUAACAUCAUUACGUCAUGAAUUUACAAAAAAUGGAGAAAUCUUUAUAAAGAAUAAUUUAUCAGUGAUUCAUCGAAUUGAAAAUAGAUUCAAUGGUUUAGUUAAGCAGCUAACAGAAAGUGCAAUGAUGAUUACAAGAACUGUGAUAGAAGAACAAAAUCGGGAAAGAAAAGCACUGAUGGAGAAAUUAAAAUAUACAAGAGGAUUACAAGCACAAACUAUGGCAAGAUGGAAAGAUAUAAUACGACGAUUAACUCAUGAAAGAGGUCCCUGGUAUUUUUCAAAGUCUUAUCCUCAAAAUUGGGAAUUAGAUCCAACAGAAGGACCUGCCAGAGUGAGAAUAAAAAUGCAAAGAUGUCAUUUGAAUAUCGACAAUAAAUUCUUUAUGCCUGAAUACCAAAAUAUGAAUAAUAUAGAAAAUAUUGAAAGUCCUCUAUCAUAUUUAUUUAAAACAGUUAAACAAGAUGUUAACGCUUCAGCAUUAAUUGAAAGACUUCAUACAACAGAAUCAAUUCAUAAAAUGUCUCAAGUAAAAGUUGUAACUCCUCAAGCAGAGCUUCCAGGAGAAGCUCUUAUUGGAGAAACAUGUCUAUAUUUUAUUCCUGAUAAUCCAGAAAUUUCGCUGUACACUCAAGACAUUAGUUUAGGUGGUUUAGAUUUUGCGAUAGCUGGAGGAAUGGCUUGGAAACUCCAGGAUAUUCGAGAAUUGCAUAAAAGACGUUAUCAAUUGAAAGAAACAGCAAUAGAAUUUUUCCUGACAACUGGAAGAACAUAUUUGUUAGCAUUCAACUCAUCUAAAGAUCGAGAUGAUUUUGCCAGUCAAUUACUGCAUUGUAAUUUACCUCAUCGUAUUCCUGGUGAUGAUUUAGGAGAAGCUCUGGUUGCUUGGCGCAAUGGAACUCUUACAAAUUGGGAAUACAUCACAUGUUUAAAUAAAUUAGCUGGAAGAUCUUAUAACGAUUUAAUGCAAUAUCCAGUGUUUCCAUUUGUUCUUGCUGAUUAUAUAAGUAAUAAAAUUGAUCUUAAUAAUCAUAAAAUAUAUCGAAACUUCGAAAGACCUAUGGCUGUUCAAGACAAGAAGAAUGAACAACAUUAUAUCAAUAAUUAUAAUUAUCUGAAACAAGAUCUUGCUGAUGGAAUUAAUCGUGUAGCUUUAAAUCAAGAACCUUUUCAUUAUGGCUCACAUUACAGUAAUUCUGGCACUGUUUUACACUUUUUAGUUCGCUUGCCACCAUUCACAAGCAUGUUUCUGAAUUACCAGGAUAAUAAUUUUGAUAUUCCUGAUAGAACUUUCCAUUCGUUGGCCACAACUUGGAGAUUGACUAGUUGUGAUUCAACCACGGAUGUCAAAGAAUUAAUACCCGAAUUCUUCUAUCUUCCUGAAUUUUUAUUAAAUUCAGGAGGCUUUAAUUUUGGUUUACGACAAAACGGAAGUCGAGUUGGUGAUGUAGAAUUACCAAGCUGGUGUAAAGGAGAUGCAAGACUUUUCAUUCUAGUGCACAGAGCUGCAUUAGAAGCUGAUUAUGUUAGAGAAAAUUUGUCAUAUUGGAUUGAUCUUGUGUUUGGUUUUCGUCAAACUGGAAAACCUGCAAUAGAAGCUAUAAAUGUAUUCCAUCCUGCAACUUAUUAUGGAUUCAAUGUUGAUCAAAUAGCUGAUCCAUUGGAAAGAGAUGCUUGGGAAACUAUGGUAAAAACGUACGGUCAAACUCCAGCUCAACUAUUCACGACAUCCCAUCCAUUACCGAUUGUAAAUGCUAUUAAUCCCAUCACUUAUAAUAAUAUUCCUCAAGUAAUUGAAAAUGUAAACGGAAUUAAAUGGGGAAAUUAUGUUGGAGCACCUGGAAAUGAACCAGUUCUUUGUUGGAAACAUAAACACAGAGUACCUAUGGCAUCACUUAUUCCUCUUAUUACAGGAGAUGUUUUCGGUUUGCCAAUUUACACAGCUUUGUUAAUUGGGUAUAACAAUGAAAAAGGAAGUAAUAUGCUAAACAACACCAGUGUAUUAGGAGCUGCUUUAGUGUCUUGGAAUAAUAAUGAUAGCAUUAUUAGACUGAAGCUCAAGAAAGAGCAGCCCCCUAAACCCCUAAUUAAAUCAUCGGGAUUAGACCCUAUUACGGUAAUAGCAUCUGCACCUGACUGUGGUCAACUUUGGUUUGGACAUCAUUCAGGAAAAAUUAUUGUAUACGAAUACAAUAUUAAAUCUACUGGAAAAAUUGAUUUUAAAUUAACACCAGCUUCUGUUUUACUUGCUCAUAGAAGUACUAUUACUAUUAUUGUUUUAUCAAGAGCUUUCAGCAUUGUUGUUUCUGGUGACAAUAAGGGAAUUAUUGUUAUUUGGGAUUUAAAUAGUUUAUUGUAUGUCAGAUCAAUAGUGUGUGAUCCGAUUUACUCAAUACAUAGUAUAUCUAUUAGUAAUACUCUGGGUGAUAUUGCCGUUGCUUGUCAAGUAGCUUCAAUUACGUCACAAAAUAAUGAAAAUAAUGCUGACCAUCAGUCUCAGCUUAAAGUAUUUACUAUCAAUACCAAAAUCGUUGGUUCAGUUUUAUCCCGAAGAAAGAUAACAGCUUUGUGUUAUAGUAAUGCUCCUGAAGGUGCUUCUGUGAAUGUUAUUGCAACGGGACUUGAUAAUGGAGUAAUAAGAUUAUGGAGCAGUUGGGAUUUGAGAUUAAUUAGAGAAAUAGUAAAUGGUGGGAAAGAUUGUGGAGCAAUAAUUUCAAUAACAUGGUCUCAAGAUCAACAUCACCUAUAUGCAGCUACUGAUGAGUCUAUUGUUUUGAUAUGGGAAGGAAUACGACGACUGAGUAAUGAUACACCAAAAUUUGUUAAUUUAACUACACUUUAAUAUUUUUAAUUUACGAUUUGAAAAGACAAAUCUUAAAAAUUCAUUUUACUAAUUACCAAGAGUUAUCUUAUAUCUAAAUACUCAUUAUACUCGUGGUUAAUUCAAGUUAUAUAUACAUUAAUCAUAUAUAAAAGUAUAUAUUUAGAAUCUUAUUUAUUUAAUUUCUAGCUUCAAAAUGAUUUGAACUCUAAGCUUUAUAGAUUUUAUGAUGAGCUUAAUUUAUUUCUAAACAUGACUGAGAAUGAACAAGAUGAUUAUUUUUCAUUACGAUA